AUGUGUAAAGGUCCACUCAAACCGACGCGGGAAUACGAGCACGGGAGCGGGAGUGGUACGGUUGCGGGAUAUAUUUUUUCAGCGAUAACAGCGUCGAAGUUUCCCGUGGUACUGAAACUGGGACACGCACAUGGUGGUUUGGGAAAGGUGAAGGUGGAAAACAUCGGCGAUUUUCAAGACAUGGCCAGCGUCGUUGCGGUGGCUAACACGUACUGUACCGUAGAAGCGUACGUCGACUCAAAAUAUGAUAUUCAUGUACAAAAAAUUGGAACCAACUACAAAGCCUUCAUGCGUAAGUCAAUAUCGGGCUGUUGGAAGACGAACACCGGUUCGGCGAUGUUAGAGCAAAUUCAAAUGCCUGAACGCUAUCGGGCUUGGGUGGACGAGGUAUCGGAUUUAUUUGGCGGUUUAGACAUAUGCGCCUUGGAGGUGGUCGUAAGCAAGGAUGGCAAGGAAUACAUCAUUGAAGUCAACGAUAGCGCGCUCACCUUGCUCGGUGAUUCGCAGGAGGAGGAUCGACGUCAUAUUGCCGAUUUGGUUGUUUCGAGGAUGCAGGCAAUUUGUAGACCAAGAACCCCACCGGCUAACGAAGACAUUCCACCGCCCCCCGUGGGACCCCGUGGAAUAUUGGGAAGUUUGAGUAGCCUAACACAUUCGGAUACUCCCCCUCCGACAUCUGAACAUGCAUCUUUGUCUAGUAUUGGAAGGAGAGAUAGUCAAGCAUCCCAAUCGAGCAGCGUGAGCAGUAGCGCUCCAAGUACCGGUCGUCUCCCCGAUCCGCCACCUCGACCUUUCCAGCGUCAAGGGAGUCAGCAGGCCUCGUCCGAAGACACCGAGGACACAAUGAAGAACCUUAGAAAAACCUUUGCGGGCAUUUUCGGCGAUAUGUAACUUGCAGUCACGGUUUCACUUGUAUAAGUCGAUGUUAAACGAUGAGCGGACGCUUUUAAACGCAGCAAACGAGUCAACGUUCAUUUUCCAUUGUAGGCGAAUUUUUUAUGUCGGACAUACCACCUUAAAGUUUGUCAUAAAUUAGAUGGGAGAAUAGUGAAUAAAUGUUAGAGCGCAAGAGAGUAGGGAAAUUAUUUUGAAUUAAACGGUCCGCAAUAAUUUUUCACAAAUUAUCAAGUCGGUUUUAUCGAGCAAUUUUGAUUAGCAAUAAUUUUUUUGAUGACACAAGUCAGUGUCCAGCAAUAUUGCGUUGAGUUGAGAGAGCUGUUAGUAGUAAGUGUCAUGGAUGUGUACUUGGAUAUACUCAGAAAUUAAACUAAGGUAUUACUCUUUAAAUCUUAUAAAAUUGUGCAAGCUUGGUGUGCUUUAGAUCUUUGAUUAGAAUUUUGUAGAGAUUUUUAUAUCGAUUAAGAAAGAAAAUGUGAUAUUUAUUUAUGCAUAUAGUGGCUAGUUUGCUGCAUUUAAAAUUGGGUGUACUUAUCGCCGAUUCGCUCAGCAAUAUAAGUUCAAGAUGGAUGUUAUGUCACUGCCUCAGGCCAGGUACUCGGUACCUUUUGUUAUGUUUAGGGUAGUUGUUAAAGUGUAUAAUAUUAACCGAUGUCGUUAUACUAGAUCAUUUUGUUACAGGAUGAGAUGCGGUACUUCAAGUGCCGUUUUUGAAAUCCAUUACCUAUUAGUAGAAGUUUAACGUACAGUGACAAUAUUGAUUGUGUAUAUUAUACCAUGUAUCUAAUGUAAUUUUUAUCUGAUGUAUCCUAUACAUUUUCCGUGCUUCAAUUUUUGAACCAUGUGAGAUUCAUCGAUUUCAUAACAACGAGCCAGAAGAUUUAGUUAUCUAAUGCACAAUGUAGAAAAUCUUUGAGAACACCUACAUUUUCUAAUCACACUAAACAUACUCAUCAACUAAAUAAAUUAGCAGCGCCCUAUAUGAAUGCAAAAAAUAAGUGAUCCAAAAGAGACGUGGAUGCAAAAGGGGGAUUGUUUUCUACAGCAUUUUAGCAAUAGCUCCAUUCGUUUGGAUUUUGUGGUUAGGCACAUAUCAUUUGAGAUAAUGCCAAUCAUGGCGUCAUUGCUGUAGGUCGUUUAAAAUUAGAUGGUAGUUUUUGAAUUCAUUAGUACGAGUAGAUGAAUGUAGGCAACUGAAAAAGAGUGUCAUUUUUGUGGCAUAUGUAAACUUUGUUGUAUGUUUGUUAAGAGUUUUAUGGUUUACCAAUCUACCUUAGCGGGUUUAUUCUGAGUGAAGUAGAAUGAAGGAAAUGCACCGGGAUAGUUAAGUCAUUUACAGGGUAUUCAUUUUAAGGUAUCCUUAGGUUUCUACUUACAAUCCCCUCAACUGGCGUAUGGUUUGCCAUUAUUCAGUAAGAAAGGCACAAAAUUGUUGCAAGUGUUAACAUUACACAGUAUGUUUCCAAAAUAUAUCAUACUUUGAAAGAAAACCAUCAGCAUUUUAUUAUGAUUUAGUUAACAUACUGCGUAAUUAUAAACGUACCUACCUAUACAAUUAGAGGUGAAAUUGUAAAAUUACGUGCCUGAUUUUUUAAUUCCAUUAAUGUAAUUAGUUUAAGUGAUACUUCGAGUGCACUGCUUUAAAAGGAACACUCUGUAUAGUAUGAAAUAGAUUUUACAUUAUACUAUGUAGCACUUAGAAUAGGCAUAAUCGCUGUGUCGCCUCUCAGAAAAUUAACAAUAAAAUAUUCGUUCCCAAUAUUAUUAUAAAUGUUGAAGCAAUCUUCGCCUAGCUAUCCGCAACUUAGUUAUCAGUUUGGUAUGCAACAUGCGGGCAAGCAGCGUGUCC